AUCUGUCGAGCUUGACGCGCUGCUUCAGCCGAGGCUGCUGUUUUCUCUUGAACAUCGUUAACAACCUCCGAGAUUCCUGCCGGUGUGAUGCUGGGCCCUUCUCACAUCAGAGAAAGUGUUUUUUAUUAUAGUUUUUUAAACUUUAUACAAUAUAUUUCUGUUUCUAAUCAACACGAGGGUCAUUACGAGCGGAAUUUGUUUGCUAAAAUGUAGAAGUGGCGGUGAUAUUUUAAGUGUGAUAAGCUAGCAAACGUUAGCUUAACUUUAAUCAACGGUUAAACGGACAGAGCUGCGGGUCUUCAUAUAAAACCAACAUGUCGGAGGAGAGCAUCAGCUUGUAUGAGCUCUUAAACUUAUCCAUCGGGACUCCCCAGACGGGAGCUGUGAACUUCAGCGCCCUCCACGAACUGCUCCACGCCGUGUUGAAGCAGCUGGGUCUCCGGGAGAUGAAGAUCCGGUGGAAGGAGCUUCCUCCCGGGCUCGGCGGCCGCGGGCACCCGGAGCCUCUGAUGGAGGUCUCCGGUACCGAGCAGGACAGCGACACCGAGGAGAAGCUGCACCGCGCACAGAGGGGCAUGUCCGCGGCGGAGCGGGAGGCUCAGCCCGGUACCGAGCUGCUGGAGCGGACCCCGUCCUCCGGCACCGCGGCGGACGGUCAGCGGAGGCUCCAGACCCGCAUCCAGAGCUGCGAGGACGGCAUGUCCAAGGCGAUGAAGCUGAUUCAGGAGCUCCACAACCAGAGAGACGACAUGAAGGAGGAGAUGAAGGAGCUCCGCCACCAGCAGGAGAAGAUGGUUUGUGCUCAGGCGGAGACGGACUCUGCUGUGGAGAAGUGCUGCCAGCGGCUCAACAUGCUGGAGGACACGGUGAUAUCUAUGAGCGAUGCGUUUGAGAAGUAUCCAGAGGUCGAGGAGCUGAGUCAGUGCGUCACCUGGGACGUGAUGCAGUCGGCUCUGCUCAGCGAGAGAGAAAACCUGCAGAAGGAGCUUGUAAACUCAGGAGUUGUUGAUCCGUCCGCAGCGGUCAAACCUUUCAGCAGCAGCUCCGCCGCUGUAAACGCUGAACCUUCUCACACCGGCGCGUCCUCGUCCCCCCACGCCGCCGAGGACGCCGUGGGUCCGGCGGCUCCUCCUGUUCCCACAGAGCAGCAGACUCAUCCUAAAACAGCCGGGGCAGGAGCCGGGACGCCUCUGACCCGGAAGGGCAGCGGCUCACAGCGUUACCCGGAGACGGUGGAGGCUCUGAGGAACAUCGGCAAGCUGAAGGAGAAGCACAACAAGCUGGAGGCUCGCGUGGCGGAGUUAGAGGAAGGGAAGCUGGACCAGACUCAGCUGACACAGCUCAGAGAGCUCGUCACUAACAAGGGUUCUCGAAAUGUUUAUAACAACCUGAUGGAUCAGAUGAACCAGCAGAGAGCUUUAAUAGACAGUCUGAUGAGCGACCGCGAAAAGCUGGAUAAUUUGGAGGACAUGUUUAUGAAUCUGAGCAGCCAAGACAGAGAAACCUCCUCAGAAGCAGCUUCAGAAAGUUUGGAUUCAGACAGCAAAGCCUCUCAUGAGCUCAAACCGCAGAUAUCCUACCUCAGGAAGUCUGUGCAGAAACUGGAGGAAGACGUGAAGCAGCUGAAGACUAAACAGGCUUCAUCUGAUCAGAGAGCGACAGACCGACACCUGCAGGAUCAGCUGGACGACCUGCGAGGCAUGUUGGAGGACAUGACGCUGUUCUUGACCUCUGAGCUGUCCAGCAGCCUCGAGGACGAGGCGGUACAGGACGAGAGCGAUAGCGAGGGUAAAGAGAGAUCAGCUGUCACCAGCAGGACAGUGAACGUUGGCAGGAAGCUCAGCCGGCUGUUCCAAGACUAUGAACAGCUGCAGGACACAGUGAACAGCAUCCUCCAGCUGCACACAGCUGGCACAGCAGGGCCGCUGCAGGACACAGAGAACGUGGAGCUGGUGAACGACGUGCAGAAGUCGAUCCUCCAGCUUCAAGCAGAGUGUGAGAAGCUUCAUGAAACCACCAGAUGUUUACAUGAAGACAACAGACAGAAACAGAGUCACAUCGAGGAACUGUACAAGACGACGGAGGAGCUGGAGGAGAAGAAGGCCGACAAGCAGAUGGUUGAGACUGAAAUCAAAGCAGAUAAAAGCGCUCUGGACAGCAAAGUGAGCCGCCUGCAGUUCGACUCGGUGACGGAGCAGAUCAACACCAUGUUCCACGAGCUGCUCAACAAGGUGACGGGGCAGGAGCAGGACUGGCACAAGGUCAUCGACAAACUCUCCACCGAGAUGGAGUGUAAACUGAACAGGAUCGAGUUGGACUCUGUGAAGAAGCAGCUGGAAAACCGCUGGAAGAACAUCCACGAGAAGCUGCAGGCUCAGGGAGCGCCGGAGCACGAGGACGCCGCCGGUAUCAGGAAACAACUCGUCGACAGAUUUCACUGCCUCUCCUGCGACCGACCGGUCGUCAAACACACGCCCGGACCGCAUCUGGUGACGCUGCCGUCCACUCCCGGGUUCCCCUCACACAAGUCCAUCAGGCCGUUCACUGUUUAUGCUCUGGAGCAGUUCCGUCAGCACUACAGGAGCCUCAAACCAGGGACCAACCGCUACAACUACGAGGUAGCAAACUCUCCCGGGAGAAGGGAGCAGCUUCAGAGGAGCCACGCCGCCAUGUGCAGGCAGAUAGAGAGCGCGCAGAGACGACUGAGACACUGCGACAGGGCCGACAGCAGCCCGGACGCUCUGAGCGACAUCCAGAACCAGAACCAGAACCAGCACGAACGCAUCUCCGAGCUGACGGACUACAGUCACCUGUCGGUGUCGCGGAGCUGCGGCGGGAGUCACACCAUCACCUCGGCCAGCCAGCGACGCAGCGGCCUGCAGUACAUGAAGCACCACAACCAGCCUGAAGGCGACGCGGUGCUGCAGUCGGAGGAGGUUGAUAUCGUCGGACUGGACGGGCAUAUUUACAAAGGUCGCCUGAACGCACCGUCCAUCAGAAACACAGAAACUAAACUACCAACGAUCCCCAGCAAAGACGGAGUGUGUAAGACUAAAGACAAAGCCAAGAACUCUCCGUCCAAACCCGCCGUCUCUCCGGAGGCGGGACACGGCGCUCCGGUUCCUCAUCCUCACAGUGCCAAGAGCGGCCAGUGCAGCCGCUCAGCCUCCAGCAGCUCAGGCCGUGAUUGGCCCGUGUCGACUCUCGGCUGCACGUCUCAGAGCUCCGUCACCGCCGAGCCGCCGGACAACGAGACACACAACCUUUAGAGACGAGACGACGCUCUGCUCUGAUGAUAAUCUGUGAUCCUGCAGACAGACGGAAAGUUUUUAUUUUAUUUUCUGGGUUUGAUGCUUAUUGUUUUCAUAUUUUUUGCACUACAGACAUCAGCUGUGAAACAAACGCUGUUCAUAUUUACUGUUGCAAAUAAAGUCGAGUGGAAGUUUCAUCA